UUUUUAACCACUGUGGGAUUGCGAUGUGGAAGCGGGGAGGGCUACUGUUGUGAAAGCUGCGGGCAUUUAUGAAAGCCUCACUGAUGCUUUCAUACACGUCCGCUGCAGCUGUCUGCAUGCGCAUCUCGCAGGAAUCGCAGUCAUCAUAGAUGAGAAUGAUAUUCAUUGGCUGAAGCGCAGGAGACUCCAAGAUGACAGCUAACGAGCAUAAGUUGCUGCUGGGCCCAACAGAGCCUUGGUCCAUUAGAGAGAAGCUGUGCCUGGCCUCCUCCGUCAUGAAGAGUGGAGACCAAAACUGGGUGUCUGUUAGUCGAGCCAUUAAACCAUUUGCAGAACCUGGACGACCCCCAGACUGGUUCUCUCAGAAGCACUGUGCAUCACAGUACUCAGAGCUCCUGGAGAGCACCGAGGCCCCAAAGAGGAAGCGAGGUGAAAAGGGGGAGGUGGUGGAGACAGUGGAGGAUGUCAUUGUGCGAAGGCUCACAGCAGAACGGAUUGAGGAGCUAAAGAAGCUUAUCAAAGAAACUCAGGAGAAGCACAGGAAGCUGAAGAGAGAGGCAGAGCUGAUCCACGCAGGCCACCUGGACUCCAAAUUAGAGGAAUUAUGGGGAGACAUUGUACAGAGCAGAAAGCAAGAAGAGGAAGAGGCCGAAGUGAAGAGAAAGGCGACAGAUGCAGCCUAUCAGGCCAGACAGGCAGUGAGGAACACUCCGAAACGGCUUUCAGGUUUGACCAUGCGCUCACCCUCUGGGGCGGCCUCCCCAGGCUUGGACUUCACCCUUGGAGACUCAUGUGAAGAGCUGGGCAUGGCUGGUGCAGGCUCUGCAGUGUUCACCCCUGUGGCAGAGCUGCCAGGAGCCGGGAUGGUAGAAGGGGGGCUGAGCGCUCUACUGGAAGACUGCACAGGUCAGAAGAAGCUGCUGGUUCAGAAAGCCACACCACCACCCUCACCUCUGCUAUCUGAGCUGCUGAAGAAGGGCAGUCUCCUCCCCACCAGCCCAAGACUGGUUGCAGAUGGGGAAUCUGGUCAGAUUGCAGGAAUCCAGGAACCACAGCUCACAGCCUCUGCACUACCUGCUUCCCAGGCAGUGACUGGUGCUCCCACGCUGUCUCGUCUGCUGGAAGCUGGUCCCGCCCAUUUACCCUCUCAGUUGGGCUCACUGGCUACUGCAGACUCCACUUCCAGUGCUGCCCCACCUGCUGCUGUGGACACCUCUGCUUCUCUAGACACAGCAGGAGAGGAUGAUGGACACUCAGUGGAGAGUAAAGCGUCUGUGUUGGAGGAAGAGGAUCUGGUCACUGUGUCUUACAUGGCUGACGAGCUAGAUUUGGAGACAGUAGGAGACAUCAUAGCUAUCAUUGAGGACAAGGGUGAUGAGAAUGCAGAAGCUCUAGAUGCAGCAGCAGUGGAAGCAGCUCUGUCUCUGUGUGAGGACACAGACCACGCCCUGUCGGGUCACUGGGAAUCCAGCUCCUUUAAGUCUGUGGGUUCUGAGCCAUCUAACACUGCGGACUCUCUGGUCAUUCCCUCAAUGCAGCCUGCCCUGGAGGGGAGAAGGGAAGGUGUGGGUGUCAGACAUGAGCCCUGUGGCUCCAGUGAGGGCUGUGGACAGGGCUACCAACUCCCCUCCUCUCCCUGUUGCACUUCAGGAGAGCUGGAGCACACACAGAUGCCAGGGGUUCACUCUGAAACAGACCCAGAACCAGAACAUACAUACAAAGAAGUAGGCCAGCAUAUAUCACCAUCUGCCACAGCUAAGAGUGAGAAAGCUGAAUGGCCACAGUCCCAGAUAGAGUCUCACAUGGACAGUGAUGUUGCUGCAAGACAGCACUCGAAGCUGGAAAUGAAGGAGGAAGAAGACGAUGAGGAUGAAGGAGUGAGUGAUGCUGAAGACAGCAGUGUGUUGGAGAUAAAGGCGGGGUUAGCAGGAGAGUGUGGGGGUGAUGAGGAUGGGGAAGGAGUGGAGGGGUAUCUAUCUGAGGCAGAGGGGGAGGCAGAGCUGGAGCCACCAGCUAGUGAAAGUGAAGAUGGCUGUAGCAUGCACACGGCCUCCUCCUCCUUACAGCUCCAUACCACUGCAGACUCCAUCCCCAGCAGCCCUGCCUCCUCACAGUUCUCCAUAAGCAGUGAAGAUCAGGAGGCCAUUCAAGCCCAGAAGAUCUGGAAGAAAGCAAUCAUGUUGGUGUGGCGGGCAGCUGCCAAUCACAGGUAUGCUAAUGUCUUCCUGCAGCCAGUGACGGAUGACAUCGCCCCUGGUUAUCACAGUAUUGUACAUAGGCCCAUGGACCUGUCCACCAUAAAGAAGAACAUUGAAAAUGGACUGAUCAGAACCACAGCUGAGUUCCAGCGUGACAUCAUGCUGAUGUUCCAGAAUGCGGUGAUGUACAACAGCUCAGACCACGAUGUCUUCCACAUGGCUGUGGAGAUGCAGAGGGACGUGCUGGAGCAGAUCCAGCAGUUUCUGGCCACUCAGCUCAUCAUGCAGACCUCAGAGUCAGGCAUCAGUGCCAAGAGCCUGCGCGGCCGAGAGGCCAACCGCAAGCAGGACCCCAACGACAAGGACAGUGUUCCCAUGGCCUCUCCUGCUUUCCUUCUCUCUCUUUUCGACGGAGGCACAAGAGGCCGGCGCUGUGCUAUAGAGGCAGACCUGAAAAUGAAGAAAUGAUCAAUAAGAUCAACUGUGGACUCUGUCCACUCCAUGACUAGUGAGAGAGCCAUGAAGACGGUUAUAGUGUCUCUGUCUCUCUCUCUCUCUAACAUGUAUUGCUCGUCUCCCACUUCACCUCGGUAAACAUAGCACUUGCACCCAAUGGAUUGGACUGGAGUUUUAAGAACAGGUAUUUGUGCAACAGGAGGAACCAUGUGGCAUCUCUGUUAAGGACAGGACUUUCCUGCAGUAUGUGUGACUUUGUCUGUCCUGAUUACUAAUGGCACAAGUACGGUUCAAUGUGGAGUUUGUCCAGAUGAUACAGAUGAAAUGUAUGAGUAAAAUAAAAUAAUGAUAACCAGGAAUGUA